CGACGUCAAGCCAAUUCAUCGGCCCGGCCCCGUGUAAGAGAACUCUCCACCUUUCCGCCUAUCGGUUGAAGGGCAUGCAUGAUUGGAGGAAUACUGUCGCUUCCAACUGCUUCUGGCUGCAUGCAAACAUGCCCUGCUUGCCUGUAGUUCCCCGGUGACGGCAGCGGCUACUCUAUCCGAUUAGCUUCCGUUACGUAGGACAUGAGACCGACGGGCGGAAAGUUGGCAAGCUUCAGCCCAGUAUCAGCCAGUUCCCGCCGCGUCCGAAGCUGUUCCACUUCUCGAGUUUGUCGCCAAUCUAUUUAACAGCAUGACCCGUCGGAAGAGCUCCUACUCCUUCCUGCGUCUCUUACCCAUCCCUCACUCUCUCCCUUCUCGCCUGUCUGUUCCUCUUCGUUGUUUGUUCACGUUUUUGGCAGGCACCGUGGACUGUUGAAGCGGCUUCCGUAGAUAAACCAGCCGCUUCACGCUACCCGCCGCUGUUCACAACUCGCAAUGGCCGACUUUGACGUAGAAGAGGUGCUCAAGAAGCUCACCGUCUCCGAGAAGGUUGACCUUCUUGCGGGUAUCGACUUCUGGCAUACCAAAGCCCUCCCCAACCACAACAUCCCCUCCAUUCGACUCUCCGACGGCCCCAAUGGCGUGCGCGGGACCAAAUUUUUCAAUGGCAUCAAGGCCGCUUGCUUCCCUUGUGGUACAGCCCUCGGCGCCACUUUCAACACUGAGCUCCUCGAAGAGGCCGGUAGAAAGAUGGGUGAGGAGGCCAAGCUCAAGGGAGCCCAUUGCAUUCUGGGCCCUACCAUCAACAUGCAACGUUCCCCGCUCGGCGGCCGAGGUUUCGAGUCCAUUGGUGAGGAUCCUAUCCUGGCCGGGCUUGGCUCCGCUGCCAUCGUAAGAGGCAUCGAGAGCACUGGCAUCCAGGCGACCCCAAAACACUUUGUCUGCAACGACCAGGAGCACAGGCGCAAUGCCGUCCACAGUAUCGUGACGGAGCGCGCGUUGCGUGAGAUAUACGCACUGCCCUUCCAGCUGACCUUCCGUGACUCCACGCCUGGCGCCCUUAUGACGGCCUACAACGGCGUCAACGGCACUUUCUGCAGUGAGAACUCCGACCUGCUGGACAAGCUGGUCCGUAAGGAGUGGGGCUGGGACGGCAUGAUCAUGAGCGAUUGGUACGGGACCUAUAGUACAACGGAGGCAGCCAACGCCGGUCUCGACCUCGAGAUGCCCGGCCCCCCUCGCUUCCGUGGAGAGCCUCUCAAGUUUAACGUGUCGACGGAUAAAGUCCGUCAACACGUACUCGAUGAGAGAGCUCGCGCCAUGCUCAAGUUCAUCAAGAAGGCUGUAGCUACCGGCAUUCCCGAGGGCGCGCCCGAGAAGACAGGAGACACCCCCGAGACUGCCGAGUUGCUGAGACGCAUCGGCGGUGAGAGUAUCGUCCUUCUAAAGAACGAUGACAACGUACUUCCCCUGAAGAAGGACAAGAAGACUGUUGUCAUCGGCCCCAACGCCAAGAUCGCCACAUACCACGGAGGUGGUUCGGCCUCCCUGGCGGCGUACUACGCUGUCACCCCCUUCGACGGUAUCAGCAAAAAGCUCGAGUCUCCUCCCGAGUAUACUGAGGGCGCCUACUCUCACAAGCUCCUUCCACUCCUUGGCAAUGUCUGUAAGUCGGCUGACGGCAAGCACGGUAUGACGAUGCGUGCCUACAACGAGCCCCCGACGGACCGCCACCGCGAGUUUGUUGACGAGCUAGUCCUGACCAAAACGGAGCUGCUGCUCGUCGACUACUACAACCCCAAGCUCAAGUCCAAACUCUGGUACGCCGACUUUGAAGGCUCCUUCGUCGCCGAGGAAGACUGCACCUACGAGCUCGGCCUCAUCGUCUGCGGUACAGCCAACCUCUUUGUCAACGGCAAGCUGGUCAUCGACAACAGCACCAGUCAGCGCCAGGGCGACGCCUUUUUCGGCGCCGCCACCGUCGAGGAGAAGGGCCGAGUCGAGCUCAAGAAAGGCGAGACGUACAGCUUCAAGGUUGAGUUUGCCUCGGCCCCGUCGUCUAAGCUUCAGGGCGGCAACGUCGUCUUCGGCGGCGGCGCUCUGCGCAUUGGCGGCUGCAAGGUCAUUGACAACAAGGCCGAGAUUACCAAGGCCGCCGCCCUCGCCAAGGAUGCUGAUCAGGUCAUCAUCUGUUCCGGUCUCAACGCCGACUGGGAAACGGAGGGUAACGACCGUGCCGACAUGGACCUCCCGGGCUACCUCAACAAGCUCAUUUCGGCUGUCGCUCAGGCGAACCCGAACACCGUUGUCGUCAACCAGUCGGGAACCCCCGUGCGCAUGCCCUGGGCCAAGGAUGUCAAGGCCCUUGUCCAAGCCUGGUACGGAGGCAACGAGACGGGUAACGCCAUCGCUGACGUGCUCUUCGGCGACGUCAACCCCUCGGCUAAGCUCUCCCUCAGCUUCCCCGAGCGUGUCCAGGACAACCCGGCCUACCUCAACUACCGCGCCGAGGCCAGCCGCACGCUGUACGGCGAGGACAUCUACAUUGGCUACCGCUAUUACGAGUACAUCGACCGUCCUGUACUCUUCCCCUUUGGGCACGGCCUGUCCUACACGAGCUUCAGUUUCAGCGGCCUUAAAGUCACUGAGAAGGACGGCAAGAUUGCCGUCGACGUCACUGUCAAAAACACAGGCAAGUUGCAGGGUGCCGAGGUUGUGCAAGUAUACGUCGCGCCCAAGCAGAAGGCCAAGGUCAACCGCCCUCUUAAGGAGCUCAAGGGCUUCGCAAAAGUGUUCCUUGCGCCGGGAGAGAGUAAAAGUGUCGCAGUCGAUAUCGAGACCAAGUAUGCUGCCAGUUACUUUGACGAGGAGCGCCGCCAGUGGUGUGCUGAGGAGGGAGAGUACGAAGUAAUUGUCAGCGACAGUAGUGUUUUGACGGAUAAGGCCGUCAAGGGUAGCUUCAAGGUUGGUGAGACGUUCUGGUGGUCCGGCCUUUAAAGGGAAUUGAGAAAAGAAAAAAAGAAAGAAGGAAAGAAAAGGGGGUUAUGUACUGCGUCAUAUGGGGGAAUGAUGUUUUGUUUAAGGAGCCUUUCUUUCCUAUUUGGUCUUGGAUAUGAACGAAUGAACCCCAUAACAUCAACACAGGGUCAGCUGACUGACUGGCCGUUUGAGUGAGUCAAACAAACUAGCAGAUCCCAAUAUAAUCAUCCUAAUUUAUAGUGUGGCAU